GAGAAUUUCUGUCCUAAGGGGCAAUGAUUGAUAUGCAGCAUUUCACCAUAGGUAUGCACAAAUAAAUAGUAUAAAUAUUUAUGGGUAUAUGCAAAUCUAUAUUUUUCUACACCAUCAACAAGAGUAAAUGCUAGUAAAGUUAUAUAAGUGGAUGCUCGAAAUGUACAGUACAUUAAUUCUUUUAUUUGUAGGAUUUUAUGGUUCAUUAGGUGUCCCGCAUUUGCAUCAAGCAUUGAUGUGUUAUAAUUGCACUGAUUGCAUGACAGUGGAUGCCAAUACAACCAAAAUAGAUACUUGUGGAGGUUGUACGACACAGUUUUUGGAUUCGAAAAUUGUCAGAGGAUGUGUUACAUCGUGUAUCAAUGAUAUCGUACAAGGACCUUUCUGUUGUACUGAAAGUCUUUGCAAUAAUCAAAGACUCACUGUAAACUUCGAUUUAUCGAAAGCAGCUAACACUGAAACUAAAAUUAUUUCUGGUGUUCCAAUUUCUUCAUCUAAUGAAUCUAUAAAGCUUGUCACAUCAUCAAUAUUGUCUACACCUUCGACUACUUCUACUACUAUUUCUACUACAAUUUCGACCACGACAAUCGGCAGCGAAAUGAGAAACUCUAAAACGAUGCUGAACAGAAACCACUUUGUUAUAUUUAAUUGUAUUAUUUGUAUAUUUUCAAUGAUAUAUGUUUUUUCAUGAUAAAUCAUUACAAAACAGACAAUCGUUUGAAUUAUGCUUAUACUGGUUAUUAUUCAAUAUUGAAAAUUGGCGCGAAUGUGUUGAUUUUUUUAAUCGUAUCCAUUUUUGAUCAAUAUAAUUUAUUCAAACCAAAUAUGCUUUUAUGAUUGUCAGUUGAAUAAAUAUACAACAAUCAUAAUUCUAUAUAUAAUUUUAUCAUAUAAUCGCUUUUUUUCUGAUUUCAUAAAUA